GCAAAAAAUAACAAUCGGCCCAAAUGCUAUAUACGCCAUUUUUGCACAAAAGCCUUCAAUUGAUAAGCAGUAUAAUUUAUAUUCUUGUAGAUGGAACAAAUUUCUUCCUUCAAUUAAAGUAUUUAAUUCCAAAAUUAAAAUAAUUCACCAGCUUGAGACAAUGAUCGCAAAAUCAAAUAAUAAAUUAAAAGCUCACAAUAUGAAAAGGGGCAAGUACAAAAACAAAUAGAUUGAUAUAGAAUCUCGUGUUGUUGCUGCGCUGAACUAGUAUUAUAUCUAAAAGUAGAAGAGAGUUAAGAGGAACUGAGGUGUGUGUGCAUGUCUGUUUGGUUAUAAAUUAUGGAUGUUUAUAAAAAAAUGUAAGUGACCUCAAAUCAAGAAAAAAUAAUAAAAUACAAAAAAGAAGAAAAAGAAUGAUACAAAUAAUAAUUAUAUUGUUGGAAAUGUAAUUAACACAUUGUAAACACUGAUAUUGAUAUUGCUGUUUUUAGGUGAAGACAGAAAGAGAUGAUGAGUCCAAAAGUGGACAAUCCCGGACACCAGAAAUGGGGAUUUUUGAGCUAGUAGAAAAAAAGUUCAAUCAUGAAAAACCAAACAUAAAAUCAGAGUUAAACAACAUGGCAUUGUCUGAUUCAAAUUGUAUAAAGAACCAUCGUCACGAAUGUAAUUCCAGCAACAAACUGUCCAAAAAAAUGCCUCCAUCAUCGCCUUCUUUAAAACAGAGUACACUAAGUGCAGAGAGUUUCUCACCAAAGAAGAGGCCUAUGUUGCAUUCAUACCCAAAACAGGAACAGUCUUUACAUUAUACCACACCUCUAUCCUGUAGAGUUCCUUUGAGAAAAUCAGAACUUGAUGGAAGAAGCAAGGAGGAAGGCCUUAUCAAACGCUUCACUGAAAACCAAAUGAAUACCAUUCAAUCUCUAAAGGAGGAGAAUUUCCAUGAGUCCAUCUUGGCUACUGUUGCUAGUUUUAUGCACCAUCACCGUAAGCCUCCACCUGAUCUUUUGUUUUAUCUGCUCAAUAAUAUUCUGCUAUCAAAGCAAAGUAAAUGUGGUACAGAGUGUAUACGAAUUCUAAGGCAAAUUCAAGUCUUACAUCCUGUUGUAGCAAUGGAGAUGAUACGCCAGAAAAUCACAUGGGAAUUUGUUUCGAUGGUGGUGAAGCUAUCAGGAUGUGGACAGGUUCACAAAGCCUACUCUUGCCUUGAGGUAAAUGCAUCAAUGGCUUUGUCUUUCCUUGUCAGUGUAAUGGAGGAGGAAGUUAAGAUAAAGAAGUUCAGCCUUGUGAAGACGAGUGCAAACAGGCUUCUGUCUGUAAGCAAUCAAUCAAGUCACAUUCAUGAUGUGCUCAACUGGAUUGGACAGUCAUUAGCGCAUCACAAAGGAGAGCGAUUAGAUCAAAACUGUGGGCAGAAUUUUUGCCCUCUGUAUUUGCUACAGAGAAUUCUUACGUUGUCACUUUUGGUCAGUGACCGACUGGAGGAUAGUGCAACUAGAAUAGCAGAUGAUUUGGUUGUGGUUUAUGUGGAGCAGCAGUCCAUUACACACAAGACUCUACUCCUGCAGUCUGUUCAGUCCCAUCUUCUGAAGACAAAGCUAAUUGAAGUCAUUGUAACUAACUGUUGUCCACUUGAUGGUGAUCAGUUGAAAGUUGAGGGCAUUUCUAGAGUAGGGUUGAGACAUAUUGUCUUUACCGACUUCAGGCGUUCCCCACCAGCAAAUUCAUCCUCAAUUCAUGGCCUCGACAAUGACCUGUCUGGUAACACUGUUGCUAACACCACCAACUGUGAAGAGUUUGUUAUGCUGCUAGCAUAUUGGCUGCAAAGCUUUGUCUUUUGUCGCAAGAGGUCUCUUAUGAAAACCACUUCAUCUGAUUUGCUGCAAAACUUGUCAAUAGAUGACAUAGACGUUUUGAAUGAGAUUGAUGACGAAGUUCUGAUGCUGAGGGUACGCCUAGAGUCCUUAUGCAACCCUUUGCCUCUGUCCUCAAGAAGCUACCAGUUGUUGGAAUUAAUUUCAUCACUAAAAAGCUUUGCUCUAAUGCUGCCGUAGUUGACAGCUGAAGUGAAGCCUUAUCUUUUUAGCAGCUCUGGCUUGCUGAUUUGUUCUGCGAAGAUUUAUGUGCAGUGUUGCCUAGUAAGCAUAUUAUAAGUUGAAAGAAGUAAAGUUUAAAUGUAUGAGCCUUGUGUUUCUGUUAGAAGAUUAAGAAAUAUGACAGCAUUUCAGGCUACCUGCAGUUAAGUUAGAGUAAAAAGAUUGAAGUCUGGUAUUAUUAUAUCAAGUAUUAUUAAUAAUUGUAAUAGAAUAGAUUGCUUAUGUAUUAGAUGUAUUAGAUUACCUCCAGGUGGGGAGGACUCCCACAUGUCAUUGACAGGGUUGCUUACAAGUUGUGUCUUUUAGUCACCUAAAAUGAGCACUGUUUGAGCUGGCAAACAUAUGACAAUUGAUCAGUAGUUGUUGUGUUGGUAAUGGUACUUCAUGAAGCAGAAUGACAGAUGUUAUCCAGGGAUUUACGUAGAAAGUGUCAAAUUUAGUAUUGAACAUUUAAUUUGUUAUUCGGAGGCAAGGAUUUAUUCUGGACACAUGCACAAGUUAUCUCCUCACAUCUGAUUGGUUCAUAAACAAUGGAAUUGAGUCAUGCUUGGGAGCCAGUACAUACAAUAGUAAUGCUAAUGAGAAGUACCACCUCUAUUGCAGCAUUUUCAUGGCUGACCAUAAACUUUUCAAAGAAAAAUUUCAUACAAAAAUCACAAGCUCGCUUUUAAUGUUUCACAAACAAUGGAAUUAAAUGGGCUAAUGUUACAGCUUGCCCAUUCUCUGAGCCAUGAAACCAUCCCUUUAAAAUUUCUGCUCAACUAAGCCAAUUUUAUGUGGGAGUCCACUUUACAUGUAUUGUUGGCCUAUUACUGUAGUUGCAGUUAUUUGGCUGGUACAGACCCAAGUGGCACUGCAAAUCAUCUUGGCAAGCAAUAGUAAUUGAAAGUGCUCUGUGAGCAAAAAGAAUUUGGUUAAUAUUUCAAGUACAGGCAUCCUUCAGCAAUCUCCGAGAAUACUGAGUGGAUAUUGGGUACUAGAUAAGAAGAAACCUUGUACUGAAGGCCAAAAUUUAUUCUUCUAGCUAUUGAAAAGAACAGUCGUGCAGGGAAAUAAAUUAUGUGGAUGUAGAAAAUUAUGUAAAGUAUAAUAACGUGUCUAUUCAUUGUUACAGUUGCAGUUACUAUUGAUAUCUUCUGUUUGUUACACCUAGAGCAAGGUUAUAAUUUCAUAAACGGAGACAACUGCUAAGCUUGUAAUCCUGUUUUGUUAGGUGCAUCAUAGAACAGGUGGUUUUUGGCACUGAUAUUGAAUGAAAAAGAAUUACUAAGGAAUACUUCAUUUGAACAAAUGCAUUUAUGUAAAAAUGAGACUAUUUGGAAUUUUAUUUAAGGGAUGCAGUACAUAACAGUUUUUGGAAAAUACAAUUUAAAGGAAAAGAUGCAGCUGUAGUUCCUCUUUGUUUUUAAUUUAAUAAGUGGUCAGAAGCUAGGAGUAUAAGUACUUCCUCUAACAUGACUAUCUGGGCGAAGGUAGAUCUGAACAGAACUGUUGUUGACUGAUGUUUCAACAAUCUAAAGGGAAGUCAUCUUCAGAGUCAAGUGAAAAGUGUUUUCAGGUGUUAUUUUUGUGUCAUGAAUAAGUUGUUUCACUUUGUACGACAACAACACAACAACACAAAACAAUGCUUUAUUUAUUCUAGACUCUUAAUACACAUUUGUAAAGAAAAUCUUCGAUUAUUGACUUCUGUCGAGUGGCUUUUGUUCUAAGUUGGUGUACCAGCUUUCUAAAGUCAGUUGCUGAAAAUAGUUUGUAUAGCAUGUUAAGUAUUGAGCACAGUCUCAGUAAAUUCUGUGGUUUGUAAGCUGAUGAUGUUCAGAAUGUGAUUGUUAACUUCACAAUUUCUUGUUGCUUGUUUGUGUUCAGUUAGUCUCACACUACUUAAGAGUUCUGCCAGUCUUGCUGAUUUACAAAGCCAGGCAGUCGUAACAUUUGAUCUUUUAAACUGCUUGUGGCUGUUGUUGGGUUCAUGCCUGUCUUAAACUUUGGUCAGUUAGUGUUGUAAUGUAGUUAUAGGUCUGUGGGCUGUAUGUGUGUUGUAGGGCUUUGACUCUAACUAGUCUUACAGCCAAAUCAGUUUCAACUGACCUCACUUUUAACACCAACUGACAAAGUUAACUCUUUUUCACUACACUCUAAAGAGGAUUUCUGCUCAGGCUUUCCAAACAUUAGUCAAAAACUGAUCUUUUCACAACUGUGCUCACCCAGAUGAUCACACUAGACAAAGUAUAUUCUUGACUGUUAAAAUAUCUACUAACCAGCUUUUGAGUUCGUGGCAAUAGAAAUAUAUUUAAGAAAUAUAAGACACCUUUUCUCUAUGAAAUUAUACAUGGUAUAGAAGCCAUAUUAUUAUAUGGCUAGCUCCGUGAGCUGGCAAGAUGAAGCAAAUCCUGCGCUGUGAUUGGCUACUUGAGCGGGCAAGAUGGAGCUAUCUUGCCCGCUUGGGACUACCCGCCUUGUCCUUCGAGAAAACUUUCCCUGAAAGCCAUAUAAAAAAUUCUUUAUUGACCAAGCUUCUUCGGUCAAGAUGGCUGGAUAUUGG